AUGUCGUCGGCGAGCAGCGUCUGCUCUUCAAACGACAUCGACUAUGCUGUACUGGAUAGUCGGAUUCCUCCGGCAAUUAGACGAGACGUCGAGCGAUUUUCGAUGUUCAUCUCCAGGCUGCGGGCCGCACUCGAUGUCAACACAAAUGUUCCAGAUGGCGAAUCUAUGUGUGUAAGUGUACAUGCUGCACUAGAAAUGGUCUCCGAGUCGAUGCGUGAUCUCUUCAAACAUCCACAAUUUAAGACGAAUCAAGUGAUUUUGCCGAGUUUACAAUUGGUGCAAAGUGUUAAGGAUCUCAAAUUUGACAGCGCCACAGUGGAGACGAGCAGAGUGCACAACAUUAUAGAUCAACUUGAAUCAGCAGUGCUCAACACUAUAAUAAACAGUCACGUGCUUCAGCCGAGUCCAGCACGGCACUUCACUCUUGGUCGACGCCCUAAGCCUAGUUCAACCGAAGUGUACACGACUUGCCAACGUACGGCCACCUUACAACGGCGGCAUUCAACGUAUCAGGAUAUCGAGGGAAAUGAUGAACACAACCAGUUAAUGGACCUCGAUCGAAUUUUAAGCGAUCGCAUCGAUGGGCUUGAAAUCGCCUUCGAACGAACGAAAGCGUGGAGCACCUACUCGAAGGACCUCUUAUCAUAUAUCCGAUCUCGACUUCAGCUGGAACAAGACCACGCGCGACGAGUGACGGCGUUGGUGGAAGCGUGCCGGCGAGAUAUCGCUAAGCCUUUCAUGCCGCUUCGUGAUGUGUUCGAAAGCAGUUUUGACAGCGAUAUCGAUUUGGUCGCUAGAACGAAAGAAACAACAGACCACCUUAAAGCACGUGUUGUUGAGGCCCUUGAUGCUCGCCGCAAAGAGCAUGACAUCCAACGGGGUGCACUGAAAUUAGAAUGGACAAAGUUGACAAAAUCUCUGCAUGACAGCGAGGAUAUGGUGGAAAAAUGUCGCGUAACGCUUAAGUUACGCGAAGAAUCGCUACGAAAAGCGCGUGAGAACGCUUUACGAUCUGAAUCGAUCAAUAUUUCACCGUCGAUGAGCACGGAUCCAAUGAAACGACGUAGGGAGAUGGAAAAGAAGAAGCGUAUCGAGGAAGAGGCUGUUAUUAAGAAAGUUGAAGCGGAAAAGCACCUCGCUGUUUGCUCUGCGGAACUGCGGCGAAAAAGGAAAGAGCUCGAGUGUGCAAAGGAACGAAUUGUAGAAAAACUACGUGAACUGGUGUUUCAGUGUGAUCAAACCACAAAAGCGUGUGCCUCGCACUAUUUUAAGGCUCUGGCAACGUUGUGGGUGAAACUGCCAGGCAGCUACCAGGAUCUGGCUGAUGCUACCCGAGACUAUCCGCCUGGCGGAGCGUACAUGGCUUAUCUUCAUUCACUUCCACAACGUGCCACAAGCAGUACAAGUCUCUUAAGAGAAGGACGUAGCUGCGAUGAUGGUGUACCGUCAUAUGAUACAGGUUCGAUGACGUCACUUCGGCGUAAUGCACUCAAUCCAGACGACGAAUGUCAGUUGCCGGACACGAAAAGGCAUAAGAAGACAAGCGUCGCUGGACGUCUUUAUGAAACGUCCGAGUUGUCCGAAACGGCGCUCUCACAUUGCGUACAACGAACCGUACAACCGUCUAAGUGCAGCCAUUGCGAUACGCUCUCAAUUCUCUACACUGUACAGUGUAUAGACUGUGGAGCACAAUGGCACAAAACAUGUUUCCCAAAGACUUCGCAACCUUGUGGACCAUCGCGAGCAGCAAGCGGUGAUCGUCGUAUGAGCAUUUUUGGCGUAUCACUACAUGGACAUUUGGAAUUGCAACAAAGAAAUGUGCCUUUAAUCCUCGAAUCCACCAUUAAUGAAUUACAAAAACGUGGAAUGCGAGUUAAGGGCAUCUAUCGAACAUGUGGUGUAAAGUCGAAAAUCGAGGAAAUCUGUGAAGCAUUCGAACGUUGUCAAGGCGAAUCCGCUGUUGAUCUCGAACACGUACAUCCGAUGAACUUAGCCUCAGUAGUGAAGCUAUACCUUAGGAAACUUCCGGAACCGUUAAUGACCUACGAACUGUACAACGAGUGGAUACGUUAUGGGAAGAAAUGCACUGGAGAACCGGAUGAAGCGGAUAUUGAAGAGCUGAAACGACUUUCACGACGUUUACCGCUUUGUAAUUACGAGACGCUGAAACAUCUCAUGCUUCACUUGAAUCGGGUUACUUGGUUCCACGAGUCAAAUUUGAUGUCCUCAUCGAAUUUAUCAACGGUUGUCGCGCCGUCACUUGUCUGGCAACCAUCCACGUCCGCUGAUCAUACGGCGGCGAUCAUUGACGCUCAACAUGCGAACAAAACCGUUCAAUGCUUCAUAACGCAUGCAUUCAGUAUCUUCGAAGUGGAUCGUGCAAAGGAUUGGAACGAUUUCUUCUCAAAAUAUGGCGUAGAGGAACCACCAAAGGAAGAGGAUGCGGGUAACGUGUCGGAUGACGAAGACAUUGUAGAUGAAGAAGGUGACUUGGAUGAUGACGAUCAGCUCUUCGUUCCACAACCUCCCACUCCUGAUCUGUUGAAGAGCACGAGAAGGGAAAGAGUUGAUGAUCACCCGUCAAGCUGUCAAGGAUCACCGGAGGAGCAGAAACGAAGAUUCGAGAAGAGUGGUCGGCGUGAAAAACGACGUAGUUAUACGACAAGCAUACUAAUCGCACCAAACGCUGAACGACCCCUUCCAGUAACUAGGCAAAAAUCUAUGGAAGAAAAUGCUGCCUUAAAUAUACAUGCUGGAGACGUUACGGUAGAAGUUUCAAAGGGUCAAUUGUUCUUGGAUAGGAAUAGAGAUGGAAAAUGUAUCCAAAGACGUCAGUCAACAAAAGAGUAUUCGUCUCAGGACCUGGAUUGCGCUUCAAAAUACGACAAAGAAUGCGCAAAAGAUUCAGCGCAUAUCAUCAGCAUUCAUAAUGUCGGCGAUCUGUUCCCUGGUACCGAACAAGAUGUCUCCUAUGUUUAG